AUGUUUAAAUCCAUCAUUUUUCCAAGGUUUGGAGUGCCUAGGAUAGUCAUAAGUGAUGGAGGUUCACAUUUCAUCAACAGAAUCUUUGCCAACCUUUUGAAGAAGCAUGGAGUUACUCACAAAGUUGCCUCUCCUUACCACCCUCAAACUAGUGGACAAGUUGAGAUCUCAAACAGAGAACUCAAGAGCAUACUUCAGAAGACAACAGGCAAGACAAGAAAGGAUUGGAGUGCCAAACUAGAUGAUGCUCUAUGGGCAUACCGCACUGCCUUCAAAACACCACUUGGUACCACCCCCUUUCAUCUUGUUUAUGGUAAAGCAUGUCAUUUACCUGUGGAGCUGGAGUACAAAGCAGCUUGGGCUAUUAAGGAGUUGAACUUCAACCUAAAGACAGCAGGAGAAAGAAGAUUGAUUCAGCUGAAUGAGCUUGAUGAGAUUAGGCAUCUGGCUUAUGAGAAUUCAAAGAUCUAUAAGGAGAGAACCAAAGCUUUCCAUGACCGCAAGAUCAUCCCAAAGAACUUUGCGCCAAACGACCAAGUUCUACUAUUCAACUCAAGGUUGAAACUCUUUCCAGGAAAGCUUCGCUCAAGAUGGUCAGGACCAUUCAGGAUUAAAGAAGUUCGCCCCUAUGGAGCAGUGGUACUAUGGGACCCAAUGGGAGGAGACUUUACAGUCAAUGGACAAAGGUUAAAACCUUACCUAGCCUCCACCACCAUACCACAGGAGACCACACUAGCUCUUGGCGAUCCACCAGAUCCUUAA